AAGACUUGUUCAGGAGUGACGGACAGGCUGGGCCUGUGGGCCAAUUUUGGGCUGACCCGAGAACCCCUCACCCUGCCCCCGGGGUCCAGUCCUGCCCCUCAGCCCCUGGCCUUAGCUGUGGGCUGUGCUGCUUCCUGAGUCCCCACCCGGCAGCUCCUCCUCGAUCCCCCUGCCAACCCUAGGGGAGGGCCUCCUGCAGCAGCCCCUCCUCUCCCCUGUGAGCAACAGCGGGCACAGGACACCCCUUCCGCCCUCUCCUGUCUCUUUCUCACGAUGUCAACCCUGCCUCAGCCCCUGCAGGGUCUAGGAAACACCCCACCUCCCAGUACUGACAGCAAGCCUCUCCCGCCCAGUGGGACCCCUGCCUUCACCUCCUUGCUGCCUCCCCACCCACGGCCUCGCGUGUGCUCGACAGUGCUCACUCAGCCAGGGACUCUCUCCUGGAAAACCUCUUCCCCACCAUCCCCUGCCCGCGGCCUCGGGGUCCCACCCGUUAGGGGCCCGAUUCCGCGAAGCCCCUCUCCACAGCAUGUACCGCUGGACACCCCCAGUCGGGCUGACUCUUUCCAGCUCAGGCCCCCACAGCCCCUCCCAGCCUCCAUUUCUUACUCCUUCCCCACCCACCUCUCCCGCACAGGGUUCUGGUCAGGGUACGGUCCAGUCUCCCAUUAUUCGUCCACUCCGCAGCAUGUGACCCAGCCCAUCCCCGCUCCUUCUUCCUCGACCCGGGACCCUCAAGCUUGGCCCUCCCCACUUCCUGGGCCGGCCGGCCCUCACCCUCGGCAAGGAUCCCGGGGCUCCUCUCCUCGACGCCCGACCUCUCCAAGGGCCUACAGUGGAUAAGGUCCCCGCGUCCAGGAGCGCCCGUUCAUCAGGGAGACGGACAUUUGCCACCUGCAAACCAUGACGUUCCACGAGUGGGUCCACGCGUCUCCCCUGCCCAUCUCCUGCUCUGCACCAGCGAGAACCCCCUCGACCUACACGGAAGCCCCUCACCAGGCAAGCCGGGAGCCCCAGACCCCGUGGCCCGGAGUGGGUCGCUCUGUGACACCCUGGACAGGUCACUCAACCACUUGGCGCCUCCUCGGCCACUCAGAAAACACCUGCCCUCCCGGAGACCCCGGUGAAAGCCGAGCACUCCUGCACCCUCCUUGCGAGCCCACGCACACCAGGACACCUUGAGCCUCGUCUCCUGGUGCGCCUGCGCGGGGUCCCUGGAGGAGGAGAAGUAGGCGGGGCCCGGCGGCCGCUGGUGACUACAAGCCCCGGCGUGCACCGCGCUAGGCUGGCCGUGGCGCGCCCGGAAGGUGUCGCGGCCCUGGGCCCCGCCCCGGAAGAUAAGGCCGCUCGCUGACGCCGCAUUUCCUCUUUCCGCCGCGCUGGUGAACAGGACCCGUCGCCAUGGGCCGUGUGAUCCGUGGACAGAGGAAGGGCGCCGGGUCUGUGUUCCGCGCGCACGUGAAGCACCGUAAAGGCGCUGCGCGCCUGCGCGCCGUGGAUUUCGCUGAGCGGCACGGCUACAUCAAGGGCAUCGUGAAGGACAUCAUCCACGACCCGGGCCGCGGAGCGCCCCUCGCCAAGGUGGUCUUCCGGGAUCCGUACCGGUUUAAGAAGCGGACGGAGCUGUUCAUUGCCGCCGAGGGCAUUCACACGGGCCAGUUUGUGUAUUGCGGCAAGAAGGCCCAGCUCAACAUUGGCAAUGUGCUCCCUGUGGGCACCAUGCCUGAGGGUACAAUCGUGUGCUGUCUGGAGGAGAAGCCUGGAGACCGUGGCAAGCUGGCCCGGGCAUCAGGGAACUAUGCCACCGUUAUCUCCCACAACCCAGAGACCAAGAAGACCCGUGUGAAGCUGCCCUCCGGCUCCAAGAAGGUUAUCUCCUCAGCCAACAGAGCUGUGGUUGGUGUGGUGGCUGGAGGUGGCCGAAUUGACAAACCCAUCUUGAAGGCUGGCCGGGCAUACCACAAAUACAAGGCAAAGAGGAACUGCUGGCCACGAGUACGGGGUGUGGCCAUGAAUCCUGUGGAGCAUCCUUUUGGAGGUGGUAACCAUCAGCACAUCGGCAAGCCCUCCACCAUCCGCAGAGAUGCCCCUGCUGGCCGCAAAGUGGGUCUCAUUGCUGCCCGCCGGACGGGACGUCUCCGGGGAACCAAGACUGUGCAGGAGAAAGAGAACUAGUGCUGAGGGCCUCAAUAAAGUUUGUGUUUAUGCCA